AUGUCCCCGCCCGCACUGCUCUGCUAUCACCAUUGCUCCGGACGCAAACAGCCGCUCCUCACUCAAAGCGGGAGUUAUUCUCUCCGAGCCCCCCAGCGUGGCGGACAGUUCAAGAAGGAAGUGGUGUUGGACGGGCAGAGUCACCUGUUACUGAUCCGAGAGGAAGGGGGUGCCCCGGACCUCAAGUUUGCCAGCUGGGUGGAUGCCGUGGUCUUUGUGUUCAGCCUGGAGAACGAAGACAGCUUCCAGGAGGUCUCCCAGUACUACAACCUCCUGAGCAGCUACCGCAACCCCUCGGAGGUGGCCGUGGCCCUGGUGGGCACGCAGGACAAGAUCAGCUCCACCAACCCCCGGGUGAUCGAGGACCCGCAGGCCCGGGCGCUCUGCAGCGACAUGAAACGCUGCCUCUACUACGAGACCUGCGCCACCUACGGCCUCAACGUUGACCGGGUCUUCAGUGAAGGAUCGGGGCGGCGAGACAGCUGGGCCGGAGCUGCUGGCUCAGCAGAGAAAGCCGAGGGCUGA